AUGACCCUCAACAACAUUCUUCCGCUCCCCCCUCAUCAUUUAAACCCGGAAAAAUAUAAACGUAAAUCGUAUAUUCUAGGUCGCAGGGUAUUUUUGUGCGUCGGCCUAGUGGCUGCGGCUCUGGGGUACUCUUUGCAGGCCUCGUCGGUACGGCUACAGGCUACUGCAGUGCUUGACGCGUUGGAGGCCGUCGAUCAGGUUUCUUCGUGGGACUUAACCGCCAACGCAAAGUCACGAGAUCAAAACGACGAUACCACUUGCAUAUUCUCCGGAUCGCCCAUAUACCGCAAAGUAUUCGUGUACCCUUCGCCCGGUGACAAUGAUUGGCAAGGUGAUAUUCUCUCCUCACAAGGACGAGGUUUUUCGAUGCCGUGGCCUUGGCAGCUUGUUGAUAACCGUACCAGAAUGUCGGAAGAGAGUCACUAUCAUCCGUUCAGCAUGCAUGCUCAAUUCAGCACGGAGCUUCUUGUCAGAGAGAUUUUAACUCAUCCCGACUCGUGUUUGCGAACUUACGAUCCGGAACAAGCCAGUCUUUUUUACGUUCCGUACUUGCCAUCAAUGGAGUUCCAUGCCGGAGCUCGGGGACGGCCGCCAUCCUUUAAAACUUCAAAAUAUGCAAACGCCAUUCUACGUGCAUUGGAAGGCGACUAUCAACCUUGGACAGAUCACUUCGGUCUCACACCAAAGUAUUGGCAACGGAGAAAUGGAUCGGACCAUAUACUGGUUUUUUCCGAGCCUCUCCAAGGUCUUACUCAUCCAAAGAAGAAACGCGGCAACUACCAUUUUGUACAUACACAAAAGCAGCUUGCACCUCCAAUAGUCGUUUCAGUGGAGCUAAGCACGACAUUUGUGAACAUGUACCCAUCUUGCGCACAAAAGAACAUUCUCAUGCCAUACCCGAUAACCGACGGUCGCUAUUUUAACGGAGAUCUUGACAAAGAGGCUCGUUGGGCGAUCCAGAACCGAUCGUUAGACAGCAUAGACUCGAAAAGUUCACCCGUACUCGUCGCUGAGAAAGACCCGGUCGGAACACUUGCGGAUGCUCGCCCAAUUGCGCAAUGGUACCGAGCAGGUGUACACGGAGAAUGUGUUCCUUUACGCGCUGCGCUACAGCAAAACUACAAGUGUACACCAUCAUUCCCUUCUUUUAAGCGCACUCCUACAACGUACCCGCUGGGUAUGCGCAUGGCGACGUUCUGCCCUUGUCCAGGAGGCGACACUGCCAGUGCCAAACGAAUGUUUGAUGCGGUUCUUGCAGGCUGUAUACCAAUCAUUUUGUCUCAUGAUUUUGUUUGGCCACUGUCAGAUGAGUUCGAACCAGAGAUGUUGAUCAAGGUCUCUGAUUUCGCUUUGCGCUGGAAUGCUUCAAAUUUCGUCGUACGCAAAUUUGAUAAUCAGUGUCGUCCUAGUGUUGCCAAUACAAAUUACGCACUUCCCAGCGUCCAAGAGUUGUUGGAAGCAAUACCGGCCUCCGAGAUACGGCGUCUUCGUCGUGGCUUACGGCAUGCUCAACAAGCUUACUCCUAUUACAAGCCCCGCAAAGGCUUUCCUCGGAAUCCUCUGCGGGAUCGAGUUUUGCCGGAUGGAGGAGCGUCUCAAGCUCUGGUUGCCGCUUUGGCGAAACGUGCCGGUGGUGUUCGAUGGCACGCUUGUCAGAAAGAACUUGGACAGCUGGUCGAAGCGGAGGGUAAAGACGCGGAACCCGAUCGAUUUAAAUGCUAG